ACACGGUUUUUUUUUCCCUUUUACCUCCUGUAACCGGAGGCCGCCAUUGAGACGCGGGCGCGCGCUUGGUCGCUAGUCUAUGGUCGCGGCGGCGUGCAUCUCGAGGCGCGGUCUUUGCUCAGUGUGUGUCGGCGCCGGGAGGCGCUCGGUUUCCCUGGGAUGGCGGAGCGCUGGCUGAGCGGCGGCCCUGGGAUGUAGAGCGGCCGCCUGCCUGGGUCCAUUAAUGAAAGGGGAGCGCCGCCGGCUGUCACCCACUCUCCUCAGCUCCUCACACCGGGUGUCACCGCCAUAGCAUCGGACUCUCUCCAAGGAUUGUAUCGGCUGGACCUCAUCUUCACAUUUUUAUUAUUGUUUUUGCAUUACUAUUAUUAUUUUUUUUUUACCCCCCUCCCUCCUGCAUACUGUGGUUUAAUUGAACCCCUCAGGACCAUGGCCGACGACGACGUGCUGUUUGAAGAUGUGUAUGAGCUGUGUGAGGUGAUUGGGAAGGGUCCAUUUAGUGUUGUACGAAGAUGUAUCAAUCGGGAGACUGGACAGCAGUUUGCUGUAAAAAUUGUCGACGUUGCCAAGUUCACAUCAAGUCCAGGUUUAAGUACAGAAGAUUUGAAGAGAGAAGCAAGCAUAUGCCAUAUGCUAAAACAUCCACAUAUAGUCGAACUUCUCGAGACAUACAGUUCUGAUGGCAUGCUCUACAUGGUGUUUGAAUUUAUGGAUGGAGCUGACCUGUGCUUUGAGAUUGUGAAGAGAGCAGAUGCUGGCUUUGUCUACAGUGAAGCUGUUGCUAGUCAUUACAUGCGUCAGAUUCUGGAAGCCCUGCGAUACUGUCAUGACAACAACAUAAUCCACAGAGAUGUAAAGCCACACUGUGUACUCCUUGCUUCAAAAGAAAACUCUGCACCAGUCAAGCUUGGAGGUUUUGGAGUCGCAAUACAGUUAGGGGAGUCUGGGUUAGUAGCUGGAGGUCGUGUAGGAACGCCGCACUUUAUGGCUCCAGAAGUAGUAAAACGUGAACCUUAUGGGAAGCCAGUAGAUGUCUGGGGAUGUGGAGUUAUUCUGUUUAUCUUGUUGAGCGGCUGUUUACCUUUUUAUGGCACAAAGGAACGGUUGUUUGAAGGAAUCAUUAAAGGCAAAUACAAGAUGAAUCCUAGACAAUGGAGCCAUAUAUCUGAAAGUGCCAAAGACCUGGUGCGUCGUAUGCUAAUGUUGGACCCUGCAGAAAGAAUAACGGUCUACGAAGCUCUGAAUCAUCCCUGGCUGAAGGAAAGGGAUCGCUAUGCAUACAAGAUUCACCUACCAGAAACUGUAGAACAGCUGAGGAAAUUUAAUGCAAGAAGGAAAUUAAAGGGAGCAGUUCUAGCGGCUGUGUCUAGUCACAAAUUCAACUCAUUUUAUGGGGAUCCUCCUGAGGAAUUGCCUGAUUUUUCUGAAGACCCAACUUCAUCAGGACUUCUAGCUGCCGAAAGAGCCGUGUCCCAAGUACUGGAUAGUUUGGAGGAGAUCCAUGCUCUCACGGACUGCAGUGAAAAAGACCUGGAUUUCCUGCAUAGUGUAUUUCAAGAUCAGCACUUACACACACUUUUAGAUCUUUACGACAAAAUUAAUACAAAGUCUUCACCACAAAUCAGGAAUCCUCCAAGUGAUGCUGUACAGCGAGCCAAAGAGGUUUUGGAAGAAAUAUCAUGUUACCAUGAAAACAAUGAUGCAAAGGAGCUUAAGCGCAUUCUAACACAACCUCAUUUCAUGGCCUUACUACAAACUCAUGAUGUGGUAGCCCAUGAAGUUUACAGUGACGACGCUCUAAGAGUUACGCCACCUCCCACAUCUCCUUACCUAAACGGAGAUUCUCCAGAAAGUGCGAACGGUGACAUGGAUAUGGAAAAUGUUACACGGGUUCGUUUAGUUCAAUUCCAGAAAAAUACAGAUGAGCCAAUGGGUAUAACACUAAAGAUGAAUGAGCUAAACCAUUGUAUUGUUGCAAGAAUCAUGCAUGGUGGAAUGAUUCACAGGCAAGGUACACUUCAUGUAGGUGAUGAAAUCAGAGAAAUAAAUGGAAUAAGUGUAGCAAACCAGACAGUGGAACAGCUUCAAAAAAUGUUGAGAGAAAUGAGGGGCAGUAUCACUUUCAAGAUUGUGCCAAGUUACCGCACUCAGUCUUCAUCCUGUGAGAGAGAUUCCCCCUCUACAUCCAGGCAAUCCCCAGCUAAUGGCCAUAGCAGCAUUAACAAUUCAGUUUCGGAUAUACCAUCAACUACACAAUCAAAAGGAAGACAGAUAUAUGUAAGAGCACAGUUUGAAUAUGAUCCAGCAAAGGAUGACUUGAUUCCUUGUAAAGAAGCAGGAAUCAGGUUUAGAGUUGGAGACAUUAUACAAAUUAUUAGUAAAGAUGAUCACAACUGGUGGCAGGGCAAACUGGAAAACUCCAAAAAUGGUACUGCUGGUCUCAUCCCUUCUCCUGAGCUUCAAGAAUGGCGGGUUGCUUGCAUUGCAAUGGAGAAGACAAAGCAGGAGCAACAGGCCAGCUGUACUUGGUUUGGCAAGAAGAAAAAACAGUACAAAGAUAAAUACCUGGCAAAGCACAAUGCAGUCUUUGAUCAAUUAGAUCUUGUCACUUACGAAGAAGUGGUGAAACUGCCAGCAUUCAAAAGGAAAACACUAGUCUUAUUAGGUGCACAUGGUGUUGGUAGGAGGCACAUAAAGAACACCUUAAUUACAAAACAUCCGGACAGAUUUGCAUAUCCUAUCCCUCAUACAACCAGACCUGCAAAGAAAGAUGAAGAAAAUGGUAAAAACUACUUCUUUGUGUCACAUGACCAAAUGAUGCAAGAUAUAUCCAACAAUGAAUAUCUGGAAUAUGGCAGCCACGAAGAUGCCAUGUAUGGGACUAAACUGGAAACAAUACGAAAGAUUCACGAGCAGGGACUUAUUGCAAUACUUGAUGUUGAACCUCAGGCUCUUAAAGUACUGAGAACAGCUGAGUUUGCUCCCUUUGUUGUCUUUAUUGCUGCACCUACGAUUACCCCAAGCAUCACUGAGGAUGAAUCCCUUCAACGCUUGCAGAAGGAAUCUGAAAUCCUCCAGAGAACAUAUGCACACUACUUCGAUAUAACAAUUAUCAACAAUGAGAUUGAUGAAACUAUUAGACAUCUGGAGGAAGCCAUUGAACUUGUGUGCACAGCACCACAAUGGGUUCCAGUGUCCUGGGUCUACUAGAUGACUUUGAAGAUCACUGUCAACAUUUUAUUACUUCAAAACCACCUUGUGCAGUACUUGGAGAAACCUCUUGUUGACACUGUCAACAGCUCUUGGCCCCUAGAGACUACCUAUAUGUAGUGUGAGCUAAAUUUAUAAUUAUUGUCAUGUCCUUAUAGAUGGAAAAGAAAAUUUAAGCAAAUUUAACACUAAUUUAAAGAGACAGUAUCCCUUUUUAACCUCUUAUUUCUCCUAGAUUGUAUUAAAUGUACCUUUUUAAGAUAUAUGCAUAAUUCAAUCCUUUGGAAUGCUCUAUUUUUGGAAACCAUAGCUUUUUUUUGUUUCAAAGGCCUCUGAAAACUGCACAAAUGAUAUGCUGCUUUAUGUGAUUUAUUUUAUUAAUGCGUAAAAUUGAAUAUUACUACACAUUGGGUGGAGCAGUUUAAAGUCUUAAUUCAGUAAUUGGAUAAGCAAAGGCUCUAUUUAAUUUAUUUAGGCAAACAGCCUUCACCUUUUGAAAUCUUAUAUUCCACAUGCUCUAAUGGCCUUUUUUUUUUUUCUUCAAAGUCAUGAAAAGCCAAUGUUUACCACACCAUAGUUUUAUUUGAUACUGUCUCUUUGAAAAAAAUCUGUAAACAAUAUAGAGAUUUGAAAUUGGGUCUUAAUGCAUGUGGACAGUCGCAAGCGUUUAUACUGUUGGUGUAUCUGUGUUGAAACAAAACUGUAACCUACUUACAGAAACAUACAUUCCGUUCAUGGGAAACCGUACCCGAGAAAAUAAAAUACAAUUAUUAUAAUCAAGUUGUAAACCUAUGCACAUCCCUUGCAUUUUGGGCAACUUUAUAAAUAGUAAAACACAAAAGAGAAACUGAUUUUUAUUAUUAAUCAUGUAGUGAAAUGUGUUUGUAAUUUUGUGUCAAUUUAAUUUCUUAUUAAAGGGGAGGGUAAUAAUUGAUUUUGCCAUUUCAGAUCUGUGUUGUCUGAGAGUAUUAACAUUUUAAUUAAGUUGAAGCAAAAAGAAAACUGCAUUUGGGUGUGUGUUUUUGUUUGGGGGUGUUUUUUUUUUUUGUUUUUUUUUGUUUUUUUUUUUUUUCUUUCACAUGUAAUUGUUUAGAACAAAAUGCACAAAUGUUACCAGCAUUCUCUGCAAGAAGGCUGCGGAUCUCUUAAAUUAAUAUUCCAAGAAAUCUUAAUAUAGUCGUGUAAAUCCUUUAAAAAAAAAAAAGAAAAAAGACAGAUGACUAUAGACUGACCAAUAUUUUAUUUUGUAUUUUUUAAAUAUGAUUCCUUGUGUGUUCAGCAAUUCUAUGCCUUUGGGUCAUUCAUUUAUUCACAGAUUUGUUAAUGUGGCUGGGAAAUAAAUCUGUCUUAAUUAUGGUGACACCGUGGAUGAUUGUAUAGCUAGUUUUAGUUGUUUUCAUAGUCCAUUUUGACAAGUUAUUCGUUUAUUUUAUUUUUUACUUCUCAUUUCCAUUGUCUCAUGCAAUCAUAAAAAUAUAAAGCACAAAAUGUACAUUUUAUGUCUCCAUAAGACAUUGUUGGUUUGUUUGUGAUUUAUAUUCCUGUACUUUGAAGUUGAUCCAAGUAAUAAACAAAACUGAAAUAUUGCGUAAUCGAGAAAUAUGUGUAGGUAAAAUAGUGUUAACAAAGUAAAACCCCUUGAUGGUACUGUAAAGGCUCUGAAGCUUAAAAAAACCUUGAAAGAUAACACUUUAGGACAGCAGACUACUGUGUCAUUUGUCCAGACACCACACUCAACAGUUGUUUGCUGUUCCUAGACAUUUAAUUUGUACUAAUUUUGUUGCUUUUACUUAUUUUUCUCCUUUUUUUAUCAUGUUUAUUACACCUUUGUAAAUUUACAGGAUCACUGUACAGUAAUAUAACAAAAGUAACAUAAUGUUUUUCUCAAAAAUCAUUGGUUAGUCUGAAAGAUUGUGGUUAUCAAAAAAUGUUAUCGCUUCGAGAAUACAAGUAUGAAUAAAAUCAAAUAUAUUUUA